AUGGCCGACGUCUCACAUAUCCUAUCACUCAAGACUAAAAGAAAAUCAGUCACUGUCCAACGUGAAAUUCCUAUCGAUCUCGAUGUCGGCUUGCUCGCCGCAUUCGAUCCAAAUCCAAUCGACCAACCUGAAUACAACUCGGCAGGUCGAGAAGAAUAUUUAAAGCAAUCCGCCCGAGAUUCGAUCCAAGUAUUAGUCAACAAACUGUUCGGACUUCCAACCAGUCUGACGGAUGAUGGAGUGGUAGCCAACCUACCCGCGAGUGGGCUUACGACAAUCCUCCCACGAUCGAAACGAUUACCGAAGCCGAAACCAUUGACCAAGUGGGAGAAGUUUUCGAAGGAUAAGGGGAUUGCACCCAAGGCGAAACGGGACCGAAUGGAGUUCGAUACCGAGAAACAGGAAUGGGUGAACCGAUGGGGAUUCAAUGGGAAGAACAAGGAUCCCGAGAAUGCAUGGAUCCGAGAGGUCAAGCCAUCUGAGGAACUCACCAACCCCGGUCUCGAGAUCAAUCAUGCCAAACGAGCUCGCAAGGAGAGGACACUCAAGAACGAGAAACAGAGACUCAAGAACGUCGAGCGAGCCGCAACUGAGAUCGCCAAGAGUAACUCGACUAAGGUCUUGGAAGCCUCCACCGCCCCCCUCGCCAAACGUGAGGAACAACUUCAGAGGAAACAGGAGGUCGAAGGUCUCUUGUCUGCCACCAAGAAGAGCACCGCUAGUUUGGGCAAAUUUGAUAAAAAGUUUGCCAAUGAACCUAAGGUCAAAGGGCUCAAGCGCAAAUUCGAACCUACUGAACAAUCGGCCAAAGUAGAACGAAAGAGUCAGCAAGAGAUCGUCGACCAACUGGCCAAAAACCCGACCGCAUUCAAGGAGAAAGUGGCCAAGAAGCAGAAGAAAUCAAGCACCAAAUCCUCCGCGACCACCGAGCCCGACAAGUCCACUAAAUCCCUGGUCAAUACUCGGAAGGCUAUUCGGACUCUUACCGGCGGUAGAGGCGCCACGGCGCUGGAAACCAAGCCGCUCAAAAAGGGCAAGAAACGGCCCUGA